UGAGGUCAAACCUUAUUGGAUUCCAGGUGGGUUUGUGACUGCAGGGUAGUGCAGCGGUUUGAGCGGCGAGGUCGAGCUUUAAAGGACGAGGCGGUCAGAAAUAAUCAGAAACAGCAGAGUGAUGGCCAGUCGUUUAGACUCCAGCAUCGGCGGGUCGCAGAUCCAGAAGAAAAAGGAACAAAUUGAAGAGGCCAAAAAAGAGCUGAAGGAAGCGAAGAAAGCGCAUAAAGACGCUCCAUCUGACAAAUCCAAGAAGCUGCUGGAGAAGGAGAAGGCUUUCCAGAGACUGAGUGAGCAGCUGAAGAAGCUGCAGCUGCAGGAAACCGAUCGCGAGGAGAACAAGGUCAUCGCUCUGGGCACAUCCAAACUCAACUACCUGGACGCACGCAUCACUGUGGCCUGGUGCACUAAGAAACGGAAAACAGAUUGA